UCCGCGCCGCGCCGGGCCCCAGCGUGCCCGCGCCGCCCGACAUGAGGGCGAGCGCGCUCCUCUCUCUGCUCACCGCGCUCGCCGCUACUACCUUCAGCCAUGCCGAGAAGAGCAAAUUCUAUUAUAUGGACUCGUUAUGCAAGGACCACUUCCUCCAGCGGCAGUACCGCAAGCUGGACGGCGGCGUGCUGUGGUCCCGCAAUGAGCGCAACCUCGACUGCACGGUGACGUUCCAGACGCACAGCAUCCUGCAGCGGUUCAUGCUGCACUUCGACCUGCUGCAGCUGGACUGUAAUGACCAUCUGUACGUGUACGAUGGCGCGCACGCCACCACGCCGCCGAAGGCCGACCUGUCGUGCCGCAACACGAAGCAGCAGGUGGGCGCGCUGUUCACGCGCAGCAACUUCGUGACCCUCAAGUACGUCACCGACAACUGGGGCACGGACGCCAACGGGUUCAAGCUGGUCAUCACGUCAGUCAAGGACCCUAAGCACGGGUGCAAGGAGUUCAGAUGCAAGCAGCGGGAGUUCUGCGUGAGCGCUGACCUCAUGUGCGACGGCGUGGACCACUGCGCCGACGGCUCCGAUGAGGACGCCGCCGCCUGCCCCGAGAGCGGCGGCGCCGGCGUCGGCAACGCGUGGCUGGCGCUGGGCGCGGGCGGCGCGGCGCUGGCGCUGGGCGGCGCGGGCGCCGUGCUGUGCUGCUACUGCCGCCGCCGCACCAUUGCGCAGCGGACACACUUACAAUUGCAACAAAUGGCGAGCAGCAACGGCGCCGGCGCCGGCAAGCCGCUAGCCCCGGCGGGCGACACUCGGCUGCCGGGAAACUGGGCGCUCCCUGCGGGCCCGCGCGGGUACAGUGCGGCGCGCCCGGGCCGCCUGCGGGCGCGGGCGCUGCGCUGAGCGCCGCGGCCCCGCAUAAGGACGAAUGGUUCGU